GCCAUCACCACUAUGUAUAUGCGCACUUGUUCAACUCCUGCUUCUGUCUGUCCUCAUUUACAUUUUGUUGUGGGUGGAAGAAUCAGCGACUAACCUGAACUCUCGCCUCAAGACAUGCGCAAAGGCAGCUAUAGCAGGCUACAGCAACACUCAACGUCAAAGGCAAUAUAAGACGAAUCUCAGAAGCCAUUGCUCAAGAGGGCGAUUAGCAGGUGAGGGUUGCUGAAAAGUAGGCGGAAAAUCCAUCUACAGCCAUCUACAUCUCACCGUAAAAGCACCCGAUACAAGGAAAAUUCCAGGUCUUGAAGGAAAAGUACAACCAGGUCAUCACCGCAUGCCUUUCACAGAUCCUCUUCUGCCAUUUUUCGUUGCUCACACGCUUCCAGGCACAUACAGAGUAUGAACGCGCCCUCGCUUGCGCAGACGACAGCUCAAGCGACUUUAAGAAGAGUGCAAGCACAUAGUCCCGCAGCCUCCUUAUCAACGCGGUUGACAUCGCCAUCCCGGCCUAGCCCUCCCUCGUCCACUACCUCCUGCGUCGCAGCGCCGUUCCGGCAAGAGGCCCUGCACUCGCUAUAGGCUCCCCCGCGACUGCGCACGAUGGAAAGUAUCAGGCUUUGAUCACUGGAGGAUAUGCGCGAGGUUGGGAGGCAUCUAGUCGACAGGUUCCUCGACGGGGCCACAACUCUCCCUCUCUCCAAGUUCGCAUCUGUGCACGUUUCGUUGCCCACGCCUGAGUACAAAAACUUCGUGCCAAGGACACCCGACCUCCUUCCGCAUCUGCUAAAGGGCCUCAAGCCACUAGGCACGCUCCACCUCCUCAAUUUUGGCGCCUCUCUUCCAACUCUUCCUUCUAACCUCAUCCCCACCGGCUUCACCGUCCUCAGCACAAAGAAGAAGGGCACCUUCAUCGCGCUAAAGCCUGCACACACCACAGAGGCAUCUACCUUCAUCAGAACCACUCCCGUUGCCGCACUCUCCCUGUGGCGGAAGGCAGACCCGGAGAAGGCGUCGAAGAAGGUCCCAGCAGCGUACGAGCCCGCGGCCUACGGUGCACCACAGCGGAAGAAGGCGUCCAAAGACUGCGCGUGCGGACUCGCAGAGCUGGAGCUUGCACAGAGCAAGGUCGUGCUGCUCGACGGUAAGAUCGACGGUCAGGUCGAUGGUAAGGUCGACGGACAGGCCAUCGAGGUGUCGCAGGCUGAGAAGGAGCGUCUCAUGGCUGCCGCCGCCGCAACGCCCAGGGGGACGAGUAGCUGUGGAGACUGCUACUUGGGAGACACAUUCUGGUGGUUGAGUGGCCCCAUAUGGAUGAAGACGAGCUUGAGCUUGCUCGUGAACGCUUGA